UUCAGUGCUGUCCCGAGGCUUGCAUGUUCGAAGGAUCAUUCCAAUAUCUGCCCGCGCCUGGAACGCAUGCCCCUCUGCUUUCCCUUUUUUUAGGACAGACAACAAGAAAGCAAGAUGACAGAGCAGUCCGCAAUGUCAGGGAUGUCCGAGGUGUCUGGCAUGUCUGGCAUGGAGAGCGGCACGACAGGGACAGGGGCAGGAGGAGAAGGCGGCGUAAGAAAAUCGGCUUGGCUUUGGCAACGAUUUUACUCCUUGCUGUCAUUGGUGCUAUCCUCUACGCCGUCGUGGGAGCUGGCGCAGAAGUCGGGGAGGACGACAAUGCCCCAGGAGGCGGCAGUGCAUCAGGAGGCGAUGAUUCUUCACCGUCUGGAGAUAGUUUCCCGUCCGGUCCAGCAGGAAGUCCCCCGGCACCAGAUCCCCCAACAACGCCUGCACCGCCAACCACACCGCAUGUACCGUACAACCUGCUCAUGUGCACCGUAGGACCGCAUUUCCGUAAACCGGACCAGUACAAUGCGUUACCGUGUGACUACUUCAUAUAUGACAGCAUCACGCCCACGAGUGUCGGACUGGUUGCUUCUCAAGAGCAGCACUCCUGGAUCGAGUUCCAAAAGAUGACCUGGGAAGGGGACAAGGUUCCACGUGCUGGCGUUGCUUUUUCGGGUCAUUUCAUCGACAACACUGUGGCUGAACUUACAAAAGCUCCCGUCGUCACUUCCCUGAAGGCGCUCUUCAGCAAGAGCUACACGACGUUUGGGGUACUCAACUACAUUGGGAGCCGCACCACGUUUAUAGCCGAUGCCCCGAAAUUUAAGAGCAUCUUCGAGAAAAUCCACAAUGCGAUGACGGCGGACCAGCAAAAGUUGUUCCUGACCUUCUUCAUUGGACUACGGAUGACCUCAGGAGGAGAGAGCGACAGCGCGCCGUUGUUGACUGCAGCACGCGAUAUCACCCACCUGAAUGUGCUAAUCCUCCAAACUCACAUCACACCGCUGCCGUCGAUGGACGCGUCUGCCUGUAAGAUGUACCCCAGUAGCACGAUGACGCAGGCUACCAUCCAGAAUUCCAACUUCACUUCAGUCAAACUUGCUACGGACCUGCUUAAAGCAUCUGCGACGUCCACCCUGAACUUUGCCAUUUCCUUCACCAUGGGUGUGAAUGCGUACUCGGUUUCAUCUACACCGACGGACACCUCGCCGGCCUUUCAGGCAGCCUGCAUCGCAAACUCUGUCAUCAGUUACACAGAAGUGUGCCUCGUUCCCAAACAGGACCAACACAGUCUCACAAGUGGCACGGAGCACAACAUGAGGUUCUACAUCACCGGCAAGAACAUGGUUUACUCGUUCGACACGGUCGACAACAUGAAAGCAUUGUUCCAAGCAGUCAAUCCUGGUCAGAAGAAAAGUAUUGGCGUCAUGUUGGUCGACAUCCAGUACGACUAUGUUGAAGCCUGCUCGGCAGUAGAACCUUUCAGUCGAGUGAAAGGCAUGCAGGGUUACCUCAGAGGGAUAUCUAAACCAUAGGGAUCGCCACAGCGUGGACAGGACUUUGUUCACAGGACUCUCUGGCAUAUUUCCUGCUGUGAUCAGUAAAGAGUGUUGGUCUCUC